GCGGAGCGGCACGCCAGGGCGGAAGUGGGCGCCGCCGCGGGGAGGUGGGGCUGUUGCGGCUGCUGAGGGCUGAGCGAGGGGUGGACAUGGCGCCCUCCGGGAGUCUCGCGGUUCCCCUUGCCGUCCUGGGGCUGUUGCUUUGGGCGACUCCUGGGACGCACGGGCGGCGGAGCGACGUGCGCAUCCUCACGGACGACAACUGGAGAGAGCUGCUGCGAGGAGAGUGGAUGGUGGAAUUUUAUGCUCCGUGGUGUCCUGCUUGUCAAAAUCUUCAACCAGAGUGGGAAGGUUUUGCUGAAUGGGGAGAAGAUCUUGAGAUAAAUGUUGCAAAAGUAGAUGUCACAGAGCAGACAGGACUGAGUGGACGGUUUAUCAUAACUGCUCUUCCUACGAUUUAUCACUGUAAAGAUGGUGAAAUUAGGCGCUACCAGGGUCCAAGGACUAAGAAUGACUUCAUAAACUUUGUAAGUGAAAAAGAAUGGAAGAGUAUUGAACCUGUUUCAUCAUGGUUUGGUCCAAGUUCUAUUCUGAUGAGUAGUAUGUCAGCACUCUUUCGGCUUUCCAUGUACAUCAGGACUUGCUAUGACUAUUUUAUUGAAGACCUUGGACUACCAGUUUGGGCAUCAUACACAAUUUUUGCUUUAGCAACUUUGCUUUCAGGACUGUUACUAGGACUUUGUAUGAUAUAUGUGGCAGAUUGCCUUUGUCCUUCAAAAAGGCGCAAACCACAGUCAUACUCUUCAAAAAAACCAUUACCAGAAUUUUCUCAACCUUUGGAAAAAAUGGUGGAGGAACACGAGGCUGCUGAAGAAGAUAUUUCAGAAGAAGUAGCAGGAAGUAAAGAAGGAGCAAACAAAGACUUUCCGCAGAGUGCCAUAAGACAGCGCCCUGUGGGUCCGUCGUUGCCCACAGAUAAAUCCUAGUUAAUUUUUAUAAAUAUCUCUUAAUGUUGUGAUUCUGAUAAAACAAAAUUGGUCAUUUCUUUUGUUUUAAAGUGAACUAUAAUUUGUAUAUUGCAGAGUUCAGUCUAGAUUGUCAUUGAACAUUUUUGUUCAGAAAAUACAAGCAGGUGUAAAAGUUUGAAAUAAGAUCUGAGAAUAUUGAGGUUUAAACAGUUGCUUAAUGUUAGAAAAUCUGGUGCCAAGCAAUAAGAUUUGUGUGUUUAGUAAUAACCUCUUUCAAGACUGAGUUAGAAAGUCAUAUUUCCUAAGAUUUACAUUAAUUGGGGGUAUUUAAGAAGAUUACUUAGAGAAAAGAAUUUCUCAUUUGAUGUAUUUUUUCUCAGUUUCACUGUGUGAAAAGAACAUAUUUCCCAUAAAUGGGAACUUUGCCCCUUAUCUCAAGAAAUGUGUAUUUCAGUGAUAACUUGGUCUUUAGAGUUAUAGUCCAAAAUUUCUUCAUUUUUUAGAUUAUGCAGCUAAUAAAAACUCUUGUUUAAUUAGUUUUCUUUUUAACUUCGUACACAGGAUAUGCUACUGAUUUAAGUUUUUGUAAGUCCUUGGUUCUCUUGAUUCCUAUAAAGGUUGAUUACCUAUUCCUUUUUUCAGUUAUAUGGUUCCUUUUUUCUUUUUUUGACUGUGGGUUACAUUUUUCAAAUUGGAUGCUCUGAACAGUAUCACUAUUAAUGUUUACUGUUGGUAAACAGAAGUUUUGUUGUUUUACAUUGAAGUUUACUAAGAUUCAUCAGAUUGAGCUACUGAAAAUUUAAAAGUUUGGCCAAUCAGUCCAGAUGCUACAGUAUGGUUGUUGAAACUUGUCUUGAAUUUUUCUUUCUGUAUUUGUUUUUAUUUUAAUGUGGAGGUGGACAUUCCUGAUUUUUAUUUGGUAUAGAAAAGCUUUGAAGUUUUAUAUUUUGGAAAUUCAAAGCUUAAUUUGAUAAAAAGUAACAUUUGCAUUCUGCUCAGGAAAAAACAUCCGUACAUUUUCAUUAUAUCUUUGUCACUAUAUGCAAAAAGUUCUUAAUUGCAUUUGCAGUUAGUGGAUGCUUGAUGUUUUAAAAUCAUAAUAUUGUUAAUGUUUUUAAAAAGACAGGUGUCAUAUUUUAUGGUUCUUGAUUGCUAAUGUUGGGUGGUAUCCCAGGUGGAAAUCAGCAAUGUGGACCACAUAAUUUUUACCUGACAGCAAAGGGCAGGUGAGAUAGAGGACUCUUAUUAGCCAGGAGAGAGGGAAAAAUCAUACUCAGAAGGGAUCAUCCAGCCAUUGUAUGAUAGGUGAUUUCUGUGAUGUCUUCCCCUUUUUUUAGGUUCUCUGUGUGUGAAUCCAUUAGAUUGGCAUUACCGUAAUGUAUAACAGUGUUCCUUUAAAGGCUUCUCCUUUAGACUCUUAAAAUAUUCUACCAGUGCAGAGUUUGGAUGUGUAACUUGUGAUGCCUUAGAAAAAUACUCUAAGCACAAAAUAAACUUUUCUAAAUACUUCACUAGCACUGAAGACGAGUGUGAUUUCUAGUUGGAUAUUUGAAAGUCUAUACUUAAAUGCUUCGUAUUUAACAGUGUUUCAGAUGAGUAAUUGUGUGUUCCUAUGUACUUUAUGUGUGUAAGUAAUUAAAAGGGUAGAAUCUUAAAAGUCUUUUGUUACUUGAGAUGAUUGAGGAAAAUAAUGCUCAUUCAGGCAUUGUUUUCUAGUGUUCUAAAGUGUUUGACGUCUUCAGGUUUUUGCUUAGAUGAUACCAUGUUACAGAAAAUUAAAAGUAUGCCGAACAAAUA